AUGGCCACGAAAUGGCGCAAAUUCAGGUCAGCACAAGGCAACCAAGGCGUCGUUUCUCCAGGGUUCCUGUCUCACCUCGCUCCAAGCAAUAGCGCCGAUACCGUCACACAGCCACCUCAAUCGUCAAUCGAACAGCUACCGUUUGACCCCGGUACGACAUCCUGGUGGAUGACUGACCCGACAAUUUGGUUCUGGUUCAGAAGCUCAGGCCGCGACCGAACUGCAGGGAGCAUGGCGCCAGCGUCUGGCAAACUCAAGCCUCUGGCCCCUGCUAGUGUCUUUGGCUUGUGUUUCGAGUACGCAAAACAACAUAGUCGCAUGUUUGUGAUUUCCAACCACCACGAACUCACAGCUUCCGUUCCUGCUGAGGAUUUGUCUGCCAUACAGGCUCCUGGGUUGACUAGACCAUGGUGCGGUCUGCGCGCUCUGCUGCAGCAUGGCUCGCUAGCGCUGUCGAUUGUCAUUGCUCACGCCAUGGUUCUGGGUUGCUGA